CUUUGACGUCCUGCCCAAAGUUUAGACUCAAACAAAACUUUGCGAUUAGUGAGUGGCAGUGAUUUGCGUUCGCUUAUCAUGUAUCUUAUUCAGACACAGUCAAUAACAGUCUAAAGUUGGAAUCAAACAACUGCUGGGAUUAUUUUGUUUGGCAUUUUAUAUGUAUUUUUUCCACAAGUGUAUGUAGGUAUGAGUUAGAAGCGGUUAUGCGCUUUGUGGCGUUUUAAUUAUGCGCUCGAAAAACAACAGGAAAGCGUAUUCUGUCGCUGAACACUUUGACUAGCGAAUAGUUUGAUCAAACUAAGAAAAAAACGAAAAGAAACCAGCCUUUUCCGUUUUUUUUUAAAGAUGACAUGGAAUAACUUUUAGCCGACCGAUCGCUCCUAAGCUUUUUCCUUUUCCCUACUCCGUUAAAGUUUGGAUUGGUUUGAAGCUUUUCCUCCACAACUUUACCCCAUUCUCGCCCGAAUGAUGGACCAGGGUCAGCACAACCCGCCCGCCGGCCACCAGAUCGUCCACGUCCGGGGGGACUCAGAGACCGACCUGGAGGCGCUCUUCAACGCCGUGAUGAACCCGAAAAACACGAUCCUUCCCCCCUCUGUACCCAUGAGGAUGAGGAAACUACCAGACUCCUUCUUCAAACCGCCUGAACCCAAGUCCCACUCUAGACAAGCCAGCACUGACGGAGGCACCGCGGGGGCCCUGACUCCACACCACGUCCGGGCCCACUCGUCCCCGGCCUCCCUGCAGCUGGGGGCCGUAACUCCGGGGACCCUGUCGGUCCUGGGCCCCCCAGGAACCUCUCCACAGCACCACCGCCAGUCCUCGUACGAGAUCCCCGAUGACGUGCCCCUGCCCCCGGGAUGGGAGAUGGCCAAGACCGCCUCGGGACAGAGAUACUUCCUCAAGUGGCACACUGCUCCAAUAGGAAUCAUCUUCGAGUCCUGGAGCACCAAUCGAAACGGGUCUUCGACUGUUCUCCGCCUCAUGUUCCACAAGAGACGACGACGUCAAUGUAAUGCGGCUCAUCAAACUCUUAUUUGUUUCCUGGAUGUUCAGGAGCUGGCGCUACGUAACCAGCUGCCCAGCAUGGAGCAGGACCCCGCCGGCAUCCCCAACUCCGUGUCCUCGCCCAUGGCCCAGGACGCCCGCACCAUGACCGCCAACAGCUCCGACCCCUUCCUCAACAGGUCCCGGACCUACCACUCCAGGGACGAGAGCACGGACAGCGGCCUGAGCAUGAGCAGUUACAGCGUCCCCCGCACGCCAGACGACUUCCUCAACAGCGUGGAUGAGAUGGACACAGUCUCUCCGGCUUCCAUGGCAACGCAGCCCAGCAGCCGCUUCCCGGACUACCUGGACGCCAUCCCGGGCACGGGACGUGACCUGGGCACGCUGGAGAGCGAGAGCAUGGCGGUGGAGGGGGAGGAGCUGAUGCCCAGCCUGCAGGAGGCGCUGAGCUCGGACAUCCUCAACGACAUGGAGUCUGUGCUCGCCGCCACCAAGAUCGACAAGGAGAGCUUCCUCACCUGGUUAUAGGAGCUGAUGAGGAGGUGGCAGGACGCGCCGUGCCCCGAUCAAUACCAAAGGGGGUCUCCUCCUUGCUUACUCACUCCCCCCCCCCCCCCCCCCCCUCCCCCCCGCCUGAAAAUAAACUUCACGCUUUCAGAACUGCCGCUUGCUGCGCAGCACGGAGGACGCAUGGAAGACAUUUCUCUCCGAGCUUUAGGACUUGUGAUAACUCCAGACCAACCUCCUACGAGGCAGCGACGCUCCUGUUUUUUUUUUCUUUGUUUUCAUGUGCCUCAAGUCCUCUUUUUCUUCUUCCCCUCCUCCAAUUAGUUAUCUCCUUUUUUUCGUUUUUUUGUCUGCGUUUUCAAGGCUGGCCCGUGAACAGACACAUAUACUCCAGGGUCCCCGCUCGUUCCGUCUCUCGAUCGCUCUCUUCUACACCGCAUGUAGCCCAGCCAAGGGGCUCAAACCUAGGGCACGGAUGCUAGCUUCUCCUGGGUGCCCCUGGUUCCUCGGGCUGCAUUUAGCUCUGAAUUGCGACACAAAAAUCGGCCACCGCUCUAGCUUUGUGCGCUAAUGGACUACAAUUGGCCUUUUUUUUUCUUUGUCGUUUUAUUGUGUUUUACUUUUACUCUUUAACCGUUUGGUGAGCCUGAGAAACCAAAAAUGGUGGAGUGCGAGGGACUGUUGGUGAUUAGGGAGGGCGGGUGGUGCGAGUUGACCUGUUUGCCAGGUAAGAGUGGGGGCCCCACGACACCACUGCUUGGCUGUGCCAGCAAGUCGAUGAAAAACCUUCUUGUGUUUUUGUCAAAUCAAGUGCCUUCAGUUGUUAUUUCUUUGUGUUUUUUUGUUUUUGCGAGAAAGGCGAGCAAAGCAAACAAUUGCCAAGUUUCUGUAUUGCAGCAAUAAGAAAUAUCUGAGAAGCUGUAUCGUAAACACAUUCUAUAUAAACUCAUGUUUGGUAAUCAAAUGUAUUUCCUUUUACUUUUUGUUAAAACUAAAUAAUACACAUAAUACUGGGAUUUCGGGAGUUAUUUUUUUCUAUUAAACCCUAGAUUUUAUGGCUUUUUUGUAUCAGUCUUAUCCAAGUCUAAUUCAUGAUUUUUUUUCUCGGUUUUAUUUUCGUUUUUCUCCAUAAUUGUUUAUUUUAGCCUUUACAGUUGUAUUUUACUCCUAGAUCAUAUGACCGCAUGCUUUGUUUUCUUAGAUGAAUUAACGCUUUUCAAACAGGGUCAAUAUGUGUCGCUUCAGCCGACGAACAGAUAACAUGGAGAUUGAGUCUUCAGCUGAUAAAUCAGUUCAGUUUUUAACCCAUUAGCCUUGCUUACUAUUCACACAACCUCUCUGAUUUUAUAAGUGUGUGUGUGUACUGAUGUUAUCGUAUAAUGUCUAAUGAACACAUCUUUUUUUUUCCAUUGAUAAUGUUGGGAUUAACCAAAAAAAAAAGUUUAAAAUAUCUGUCUAAAAAUAAGUCAUUGCUCAAGGUGAGAUGCUACAAUGAGUGUAUCAGACCAAGUAACACCGCCAUGUUAGAAACUGGUACUCUGUCAGUGGCCAUGGUAAGUUGGAGGGUGGGGCUUGGACGUGUUUAAUAUGGUCUCGUCACGGAGAAAAACGAUAAAGAGGGUGGGCAAGGGGGGAGGGGGUUGACAAUUGUGAGCAGCUACACAGGUUGUAUAAACUCUCACAGAACAACGAAACAAAUCAAGAAAAAAACAACUAUCGGUUAUAAUUUCAGUCAGGAAUUGAGACGGUUUCCAAAGAUGUGUUUGUAAUUUUAUUUUGUCUUUUCUGCUUCCUACUCGGUGAAUCCAGAAACAGUAUGAUUUGUAAUCAAACUCCAUAUGGAAAAAGAACAAAAAGAAAGAUGUAUAAGCUAAUGUGAAACGAUGUAGUGUUGGCGCGGACGGGUAGGUGGAGUAGGGGGACAGAGACCAGAUGAUUAGAAGAGAGGUGAUUUGUAUUUGCGUGACAAACCCUUGCAUAGAAGGUCCCAGAGCAAAUAAAACAAGAAGCCCAGUUUCCUUCCUUCCUCCCCGCUACCCCCCCCCCCCCCUAUAAUCUCUCGGGGGCAGAGAGCCGCUGGUAGACAGAUCGGAUGGCACAGAAACCGAACAACAGAACUCAUCUUCCUCACCGUCAGAUUAUGUUGAUUCUGAAAUGUUUACAUGAUGACUACACGCCUUUUUCGUAUUACUGCAGUAAUCAAACAAAACGACAUGAUUUGAACCUUCGUUCCUUGUGCGUUUAAGAGGCACUACAAGAACGCAACUUCAAUAAUAAUGCCAGGGUUGAGGUUGAAGUGGUAGUUUGAAUCUGACGGAACUGUAAAGAACUACGAAGAGAACAAAUGAAUGAUCGCUAUACUGUUAGCUUAGAUUGAUGUUGUGGCUCGGUGUAUUGACAAUGGCUAGUGGAGGGUUAAAACAGUGUUUGAGAGAAAAUGCAACUAAAAUGACUUUUUAAAAGGCUGGUACACUACAGUGCUUGUACUGCACGGCUACAGUAAUUUGACUAAACAAUGAAUUUUGUCACAAAAACAUGAUUUCUUUUUUGCUUAGUUAGUGUAGGGGUUGGGCAUAGUAGUAGUGUCAGACUCAUUGUAGCUGUAGAACUAAUCACACAAGAGAAUGAUUUUUGUAUUUAGAGUUGUCUGAAUGCCCAUCAAAGGCAAUUUGUGUUAUCCAAUAACAAUCUCUUCAUUUUUGAUAGAUAAAUGUGCCUGUGUCCUAGAAACAUGCAUUCUGUUACACUAUAUUACAUUAUGAAACUUUGAAAUUGGCCUUGAAAUAAAAUAUAUAUACUUUGUGGUAAAA